AUUGCGUCAAAUCAAAAAAUUUUGAAGUGGUUUUUGGGGUUACGAGUAUAUGGCGAUCAUACGGUUCCUCCGCAGGAACUUAGUGAGUAUAUCGUUCCCUACAAUCACUGUGACUCUAAUUUACUUGGACUGGAAUUAUACUAGGAAUUGGAAAGCUCAACAAAAACAGAAAUAAGAUGGCACUCUUUGGUAUAACAACACGCUAUGUUUGGUUUGCAGUGCCAUUAUCUGGCUUCUUUUUUGGCAAAUUUUUAGAUGAUCAAGAGACACUCAGGAUGACUAAUUUUAGAGAUAAAUCAUGUUUGUAUGGUGGUAGAGUGAAGGAAGGUGAUCUACCAUCUUGGCCUUGAAUAAUAAAAUGAUGUAGUGAAGAUGUAAUAAAUAUUGUGU